UAGUGUACUGAUUCUCGAAAAGUCACAUGGUUUGAACGCACAAGCAUCUGUCAAAUUUGUAUAAAAUGGCACGUUUAUAUAAUUUGCGAUUUAAUUUAAGUAUAAAAAAUGCUAAAAAUUCAAACGUUUUAUUAAGUUUUAUUAACCCAAAUGUAAAGAGAAUUAGCGAGUCGAGAAAUAUUCAGUAUCAAAAUGGUAGAGGUUAUGUACAACUCUAUUGGAGAUUGAAAAGACAUAUCUAUCCAUUGUAUAAAUUAUUAGUUAUGUUUACGCCAAAGUAUGUAAAUUCUUCGUUAGUAUUUAAUACGUAUAACGUUAACUAUAGAAGGAAAUAUUACAAGAAUUUAGGAUUUAUAUUGAGCGGCUUUGGCCUGACCAUAGCAUUUUGCGAAGCAUCUAAUUUUAAACCAGAAAAGCGAUUCUUUCGAGCAGUGCAGUACGACAAUAUCUCAGAAUUAGAAAAGCUUUUGAAAGACGGCGUUAAUGUAAAUGCACGCCAUGCAUUGGGUUGGACGGCGUUACAUGUCGCUGCUAUCAACGAAAAACUAGAAGUAUUGAAACUGUUGAUAAAGAAAGGCGCAGACGUUAACGCAGCAGAUGAGUUCGUCAAUGUUUACAAAACUGCUAUGGAAAAGGGGAUACAUUCUUUAGAUGUGCUCAUGAUAAGGGAAGAAGAAUUUUCUGACCGUCUGAACAACAGAGCUACGUUUAAAGGUUUUACGCCAUUACAUUAUGCAGUAUUAGCUGAUUCAGAGGCCUGCGUAAAAGCAUUGCUAGAUGGGGGAGCAAAUCCAACGAUAGAAAACGAAUCUGGUCACCGUGCAGUAGAAUACGCUAGGGACGGAAAGCUCAAAGAAAUGCUAAUGAAACAUACGUUAAAAUACGAUGGAAUAAUGAAGGAAAAAGAAAUAGAAGAACGCCGUAGGUUUCCAAUAGAACAACGCUUAAAACAACACAUUGUUGGACAGGAAGGAGCUAUAUCGAUUGUUGCAUCCACUAUCAGGAGGAAAGAGAACGGCUGGAUCGACGAAGAACAUCCCUUGGUAUUCUUGUUCUUAGGUUCGUCAGGGAUUGGAAAAACUGAAUUAGCCAAGCAGUUGGCUGCGUACAUCCAUAAAAACAAACAGGAUGGAUUCAUUCGAUUGGAUAUGUCCGAGUAUCAGGAGAAACAUGAAGUUGCAAAACUAAUUGGAGCGCCACCAGGAUAUGUAGGUCAUGACGAUGGUGGACAAUUAACAAAGCUUCUAAAAAAAUGUCCAAACGCUGUUGUGUUAUUUGACGAGGUUGACAAAGCUCAUCCUGACGUAUUAACAGUUCUGUUACAACUUUUCGACGAAGGAAGAUUGACAGACGGUAAAGGAAAAACGAUCGAAUGUAAGAAUGCGAUUUUUAUAAUGACGUCGAAUUUAGCGAGCGAAGUAAUUGCAGAGCAUGCGAUACAGCUCAGAGAAGAAGCUGUACGUGCUUUGAAUCUUAGACUCGAUGCAAACUCUGACGAGGAUCAGGCCCCGGAGCAAAUCGAAAUAUCCCGUAACUUUAAGGAUAAAGUGGUACAACCUAUAUUGAAAACACAUUUUCGAAGGGACGAGUUCUUGGGAAGAAUAAAUGAAAUUGUUUACUUUCUACCAUUCUCUCGGUCUGAGCUUAUAAAAUUAGUGGCCAAAGAAUUGGACAAUUGGGCGGUGCGUGCGAAAGAAAGACAUUUGAUAGAAUUAAAGUGGGACAGAGAGGUUCUCUCGGUGUUGGCGGAUGGUUAUGAUGUUCAUUACGGUGCUCGUUCGAUCAAAUACGAAGUAGAGAGACGUGUUGUCAAUCAAUUGGCGGCUGCACACGAACGAGGCCAACUUGAAAAAGACUGUUGCGUAUUACUUAAAGUUAAGUGGCACGAAAAUGGUGCUCGUAUAAUAUUAUCGGUACGAUCCAAAGGCGUAAAAACCUUUGUUGACAUUGCGGACACUGAUAACUUGAUAAAGAAUGUGAAUUCUACGUUUUAAUGUUACACACGAUUAUUUUGGUCGUACAGCUACGUUAAACAAAGAACAUGUAUUAUAUAGAUAGCUUGAUCUCGUAAUACAUACGUAAAAGAGAUUUUGUAGUACAAGGAAACGUAACUACUCGCAGUAAUAUAUGUAUUAUUU